AAUAUUUUGCUGUUAAAAUGGCGACGGUGACUGUGCCCGUGGCUCCUGUGAUUUCUACCCCCAAUAAUUCCCAAACAAAUUUAGAAAAAAUAGAAACUUUUAUGAAUGACACAGCCUACAAAGAAAUCCUGGAAAGCUCCGUCAACUUCAACACUAGACUAUGCAUCGAACGCAGACUCAGAUUACCCUUCAUCGACACCCAAACUGGCGUCGCCCAAAACCAUUGCUCCUUGUUCAUGCACAAACGCCAACGGAUGCCCGGUUUGAACCCUGGCCAAAUCUACACCUACCCCAGACAGAGAUGGCGCAAGAAACGACGCCAAUAUCUCAGCAUGAACACCAGGGCAUUUGGCAGACAUGCCGAUUUGCUGGACGGAGAAAGCGAUAUACACAGUAUAAGUCAAAUAGAGAAUCCCGCCCUGCAAGACACUGAUAGCAAAGAUAGCCAGUUGCUUUCUGGAGAUGUUUCCAAGGAAUGGUUCUAUGAUGAGCAAGAUAUAUUGGAAAUGGAAAACUUUGAUGAACCUGAUCCUGAUUCUGAUGUUGACUAUGAGGAAUCUUAUACCAAGAGGAAACGUGGUAGAAAAGCUUCUGGAAGGGGACGCUCUGGUACUGAUUCUCCUAGUACUCCUGGAAGAAAACGCGGAGCGGGAAGGGGCAGAGGUAAAAAGGCAGGGCCUGGGGGUCACAAUUACGAACCUACACCUGGAGAUCCUGAUAAACCUUUUGCGUGUGAACUAUGCGGUGCCCGUUAUAAAACACGUCCAGGAUUGACCUACCAUUACGGUCACUCUCAUAGAGAAGGUGCCAGUGAUGAAAACUCGCGCGAUAGUGCUGCCGCCUCACCUAUGAACGCUGGCGCUACAAACAGUCCCGGGGGCGGUGGAUCGGCUUCACCUUAUCCGGGUGGGCCGCCCACCGGACCUAACGGUGGUCCUAGCACCGUUCCGUUGGGUGGACAGGUGGAAGGAGCUGCGCCACCGCAAACUCAAGCAGGUGGUGGAAUCGGACCGAAUCAAGGACAGGUCUUCCAUGACAGCUAUGUAUCGUUCUUGAGCCAAUCACCCGGUCCUCCAGGUCGUCGUGGUCCAGGUCGUCAGCCGGCAAUGCCUCCUCAACUACCUCCUGCAGGUGGUCCGUUACCCAUGCCGCCUCAAAUGGGCCCAAUGCAACAAAUGCCGGGACCUAGUAAUCAAGCUCCUCCAACAUUGCCGCCAAAUUUACCUCCACAACUACCAAUGAACAAUAUGGGGGACGAUCCGCCUAUGCCUAUACUCAAACCGGAAAAAGUAAUCGAAAUGCCUUUGAUGCCGCCUCAAGAACAUCAUAUGAACAUGAUGGUAGGCGGGCCUCCUCCUCCGAUGGUUGGCCCUCCAAUGAUGAUGGCUGAAAGAAAAGUACCACCCAGUCCGUAUUGCGAUUUUUGCUUAGGCGAUACCACUCAGAACAAGAAAACCGGUGGGAUCGAGGAGUUGGUGUCUUGUCACGAUUGUGGCAGAUCAGGCCAUCCCACGUGCUUGCAAUUCACAGACAACAUGAAAAUAUCCGUCAAAAAAUACAGGUGGCAGUGUAUCGAAUGCAAAUGUUGCUCAGUUUGCGGGAAUUCUGAUAACGAUGAUCAAUUAUUGUUUUGCGACGAUUGCGAUCGCGGUUAUCACAUGUACUGUUUAGCUCCGCCACUAGAAAACCCUCCAGAAGGUUCUUGGUCCUGCAAGUUGUGCGUCGAACAAUUUCACAUGCACUAGAUUUUCAUUUAUGCCUUUUUCCGUGCUUUCAUUUUCUAGAAUGUAUUAUAAUUAGUUUAGGGUAGGUACUUAAAAACUGUACAGGUAAAUGAUAGGAGAAAAUGUUCCAUAUUUUUAAUUAACUUAUAAGUAUUAAUCACAGAAAGUACUUACAAUAAUUGAUAUUUUUUACAGUAAUUUUAUUAAUUUGUGUUUAUGUAAACAUUGCCAUUAUCAAUUUGAGGCACUAAAAAAAAAGCAAGCUUGCCUUGUUGUAUUCGCCAUGUAUUUUUUUUUUUUGUAUAAGGAGUUGUAUAAUUUUAUUUCUAUUUUUUUCUAAGCUAGUUUUUUAAUAAACAUUAAAACAAAUCGAUUUUUGAAAAUAAACUUAAUUUUGUGCUAUGGUACGAUCCACAUGAAAAAAAAAAAACAAUAAUAAUUUGACAAAACAAAUCUAUCUUAUUUCCCAAAAUAUUAAUUUACUAACAAUAUAUGUAAUAAGGACAAAAAAACAAAAAAAAAGAGAUUAUUCCAUAGUGUAGCCUUCUGACACUUCAAAUAAAUCAGGAUCCAUACCCAAAGAGGCAGUCUCUUUGAAAAACUCCAUUAUGUCAUUGAAAAACUUAAACUUAAAACCUUUCUGUCUAGUAUUUUUCAAUCUCAAAUUGUACGUCCUUAUUAAAUUGCGCCAUUUGGAUUUGAUUUCUUUAAUUGUCACUUGGUAGCCGUUGUCGACCAUUUCUUGCAUGAUUUCAUUCCACAAAGCUGGCUUUUUUUGCUGGUCCCUGUCGGCUAUUUCAUAUUUACGUCUACGGAUUAUGGAAAUCAGUAGACUGGUAGCUUCGUC